AUGGCCCACUUUCGUGGAAGCCAUGGGCAGGGAAAAGGCAACUUCGCAGUGGAGGUGGCCAUUGUAAAGUGCCACGGAUUGGUGAGCCUCCAGACGACCCUAGGCCCAGACGGCCCCAUGAGAUUCCUCCCGAGGAAGGUGCAGAUCGGCAAUGGCUUGGAGUUCAUGUGUAUACCCCACAUUACUGCACUAUCACCUGUGCAGUUGAGGCUGAUCCGCGGGUACAUCGGACCUGUCGGCACUGCAUCUGUCAUUCUCGACUUGACAAGGGUUGGUGGACAUUAUUUUGCCAAUGUCCUUCCCCGCAAGCUCUCUCUCGAUCGCCUCAACGAAUAUGUUGUUCCCCUCACCAGUGAGCAGGUUGCAGAAGUCGAUUUGCAUGAUGGUGACGUCAUUGUCGCUUCGUGGUAUCCAGACACUCCAAACGGCACGAUAAGCACCGAGGCCCUUUUCAGAGAGCCAUUCCAAUGGGCAGGUGAGGCCAUAAUGUGCUCUUUUCGCAUCUCCAACCUUGACGUGCAAGGACGCAAGAUAGAAGUGGUCGCCGGGAUAUUUUUGUGUUGUGUGACCUUCGACCACUUGGGUGAGGAUGUACACUUCGCCCCCAAUUCUACCCUGCUUUUCUUCGCAGAAGGCAUUCCAUCAGACGAUUCUGAGGACUCAAGUUCGAGUGCUGACCACGAUGUGCAAGACGAGCCUGUAGGCCAUCGUGUUCUGCCGGCGUUGCCUCCUGAGGCAGAGGACGUCAGCAUUCUCUCCGUUCCGCCACCUGCACCAGCAACUGUUGCUUGGAACGAGUGGCUCAGGGACCCAUCCUUUGAUGAGAGGGGUUUCCCGAUUGACGGCACUUUCGGGGUUCCCAGCGUUGUCCAUCAUCAAACAACUUGGCAGGAAGAUUCCACGCUUCCUUCUGGCCAUAGUUGGAAUGCACUUUCCAGCCUCGCCCACGAUACUGGAAAUGAGGCUCGUGGGUCCAGCCAGGGACCUCCUGUCUCUACGCCAGCACCAGGUGAGGCUGCAACCGAUGGCGGGACAGCAGACACCCCCAUGUUGCCUGUCGCUCCCGAAAACCUCGCCAUAGCAGAACGAGCCCGGACGCCAGUCCUGACACUCACUUACACACCUGAAUACAUGCCGGAACUCAUUGUAUUGUCUUUUCCCAUUCCGUGUGGGAUUGAACAGGCUGUGCAAGCACUACAGGAGUGCAGAAGUGAAGGCUAUCGGGAUAGGUUCCCCAGGCUCAUUCCGGUGCAACCGCAGCCAUGUCAAGAUUCAGCUGUCUUCGUAGCUGCUCCAGACUGGUUGCAAGAUCGUGCCAUUGUUCUCAUCGAUUGCAGAAGGAUCGAUGGGAGUGUAUUUGCUGCUGUUGUUCCCUUGACACUCAGCCGUGAAUCCAUUCUUGUUGCAGCCGGCUUCAGCCAUGAUGUGCCACAUCAAGUCUUUGUGCAUGGGCUGAUACAGCCCUUGGCAAUGCAGCAACACAUCACCCUUUUCUCAGGUCUCAUGCUGAUCAUCACUGCGCACACAGCCGGCGCUCCAGCAGUGUAUGACAUCGCUGAAAUGCUACAGGAUCCCAUGCCAUGGAGCCUAGAUGUCAUGAUUCCUGGUCCUGAAGCGCACCCUGGCAGCCACUACUACAUCCUCACAGAUGGGAUGCCGCUUCUGUUUAAGGUCCAAGCUGGCCGAAGGUCUGCAUUCCGGCAGGAUCUUAUCCAAGCCCUGCGCAGUCGCGCCACCUUCCUCACAGUGCUUCCCACCGCACCCCAGACUGCUGACCAUUACACACAAGGUGUUCCGACGUCAGGGGUUCUCAUUGCCACAAAGGAUUUGCUAGAGGACAGUGAUAAUGACCCUCCUGAUGACAAUAUCAAUCCAAUCUCGGUCCACCAAGUGGAGAUCCUGGACUCCAAAUUGUCCUUGGCAGCGAUCUUCAGCGCACUGAAGGACCCACUCCUGCCCUACUUCCCCGAUGCUGUUCUUGUGCAGCAUCCCGACACUGAUCACGUUGUCAUUUGUGUUGCUUGCCCAGCUUGGCCGUGUACUUCCAGCACUGUCCUCUUCGAUCUUCGCACACUUGACGGUAGACUGUUUGCACAGCAGAUUCCUCGUUAUGCGGACAAGUUCAUGCUGUUGCAGUUUGCAGGCCUCGCCACAGGCGCAGACGUUGAGGUAUAUUGCCAGGCACACCAUGUUGCUCUCGAGGACGGUCGCGAGAUCCGCACCUACUCUGGACAGAGGGUUUGCAUUUGCCCCAGUGGGGUACCAGCUACGUACCACUUCUCCCCUGAAGAGGAAUAUGGUACCAGCCACACAGUUGUUGACGGUGCUCAGGACAGUCACUUCUGUGUUGUGACUGACUUAGCUUACUCCACCUUCUUGCUAUCACCUGCUCGCUCUUUCCUGUACAGAGCAGACCUUGCAAGUCGGCAUGGCCUUAGGCUUGAGUACCUCGCAAUCACUCCAGCAGUUCCAGGUAUUCGGGAUGCCUGUGUAUAUGGCCGGCUCUGCCAGAAUGUUGUUGCUGUUGGCGAGAAUGACAGUGAGGAUGGUAUCGCAUCUUUUCCCACUCCGAUUGGCUCCCUCUUCACCCGCUACGCAAUAGUUUUCGUCAAACAGCACCUGCUGGUUUUGAUGUUGAAUUUGUUGGGUGCCCAUCACAUUGGGAUUGGGUCAGAACUCUCUGGACCGUCCACAGCCCUGCCAGACGAUGAUGGACUGCGGAUUGGCAUAGGCAGCCUCGAUGUAUACACCGAUGGUUCCUACAAUGGAAAGAUCGGUUCCUGGGCCUUUGUUGCCAUCGGGCACACUGCUGCUGGCUCCUUUCUUUUUGCAUGGGCCAAGGGCACAGUUGCCGACCCAGAUGAGUCGCUAUACCCUGGGGCUGAAGGUCACAGUGCAGUUAAUGGGGAAAGAACUGCCAUUUUCUGGGCUGCCUGCUGGCUGCUCGGUAUCGAUAAGAGUCUUCCCAGGACUCUGCACAGCGACUGCCUCAUUGCAGCCAACCAGGCUGAGGGACAUUAUGGUGCCAACACAGAUGUUGCAUUUGUCAAAGCCUGUCGGGCGAUUGUUCAGGUCCAUGACGCCCUGCACAAAAACAAUCGUCUUGUUAUUCGGCAUGUUAAGGGCCACUCCGGGGACCCAUACAAUGAACUCGCUGAUGUGCUUGCAGGCAAUGAACUUGUAGAAAACAGCACGAUACCAGAAUUUCUCUGGUGGUAUUGCAGUUGUGCCAGGGACCAAACCCUUGAAUGGCUCUGGCUUACCAUUGCUGCGCUUCCCGCUGAUGGCACACUACCAGUCCUGCUCGAUGGUCUCCUAGUUGACCCAGGAGGCCAAGGUGCUUCAGAGGCACGACGGCUUGAACCAGAGGCCUUCUUUGGAACGGCAUUUGCUGCUGCAACCAACAAAUCUACUGAUAGCACUGCCUUCCAACUUUCAGUUCGGAUCGUCUCUGUCAAUGUGCAGACACUCUGCGAAGCCCCAGGUGCCCAGCCCAACAGGGUACCCUUUGUCAGAGAGCAGUUAGAGCUCCUUGGUUGUUCCAUCAUUGGUCUGCAGGAAACUAGAGCCAAGACCACCUCUACAGUCACGUCGCAGAGCCACAUUCGCUUUAUCUCCGCAUGCGACGGGCAAGGCAAUCUAGGUGUAGAGCUGUGGAUAUCGCGAUCAAUCCCGAUUGGAUGGUUUGGCAACCGGCCAAUCCAUUGUGACACUGCCGACUUCAGUGUUCUGCAUUGGUCCCCAAGAUGCCUCAUUGUCCGGCUUGUCAAGGAUUCUUUUCGACUAGUGAUCAUCGUGUGUCAUGCGCCCACCUCCGGAAGUGCUGAGAGGGACGGCUGGUGGAAAGAGUUCUGUGCCAAGGCCUACAGCUGUGCUAGGCAUGAUCGGGUUAUCAUUCUCGGUGAUUUGAAUGCACGCAUCUGCGCUCCAGUGCAUGAUCGAAUCGGCGAUAUCGUUUGGGAGAACGAGCACGUUGCGACCUCUGCUUGCAGCCUUGCUACGCGCGACGUUGUUGCGAAGCUCCGGCCGCUUGUCGGGCCACCCCGCCGCAAACAGCGUGGGCCUGCUCCUUUGCCGGCUGUCCUCCUUGAGGAUGGCACACAUGCUGCCACCCCUGAUGCUGCUGACGAGCGUUGGCUCAGACAUUUUAGUAGCAUUGAGCACGGUGGUCCAGUCAUUCCUGAGGAGCACAUCACGCACUGUCUGUCUCGACAGGAUGCCGUUGACACCUCAGAUCUCGAAGUUGUUCUUGCCGAGCUUCCUUCGCGCUUUGAACUUGAGGACGCAAUGCGUCGGUCCCAAGUAGGACGUGCAGCUGGGAACGACCAGCUCCCUGCAGAAGUCUGGAAAUGUCAAGCGCCUGUCCUUUCUGCCGUGCUGUACCCCAUCAUGCUUAAGACUGCACUUCGGCUUACAGAGCCAUUGCAAAUGAAAGGGGGGACCAUGCAUAAGAUUUGGAAAGCCAAAGGACCGCAGCAGGAGUGUGCAAGCUACCGAGGAAUCUUAGUCUCCAGCAACGCAGGCAAGUGCAUACACUCUGCCUUCAGAAGCAAAUGCGGGGCCUGGCUAGAAACGCUUGCCUCCCCCCUACAAAUUGGAGGAAGGCGAGGCUUCCCUGUCCAGUUGGCAGCGCAAGCUGCAAGAUCCUUCCAACAGGCAGCUUUGAGGCAGGGCCACAGCGUUGCACUAAUUUUCCUCGAUCUCCGUGAAGCCUUCCACCGUGUCGCACGCCCACUUGUUCACGGUGGCGAUCUCAGUGAUGAGCACGUCGCGUAUGUCUUGAAAACGUUCGGCAUACCUCCUGCAGGCAUCGAGGAACUCCAUACAUACGUUCGUGAAGCCUCUCUCAUCAGGGAGGCUGGCGCGUCGCCCUGGGCUUCAGCACUUCUCGCAGAAUUUCAAACAGAUUCCUGGUUCAGUAUCAAUGGCCAUCUUGCUGCCGUGCAGGCUGGUACGCGUCCUGGUGAUUCCCUAGCAGACGUAGUAUUUUCCUACCUCUUCUCCGCUGUUUUGCGAAGAGUGCGCCAGGCCCUCCUCGGAGCUGGCCUGACCGUGCAUCUCCCUUGGAAUCCCGCCUGGGCCGGUCGACUUGACAAAGCCGCUGUUGCCACUGACCAGCUUGCGCCGAUCGACGUGUCAUGGAUGGAUGACCUUGUUUUGCUGCUUUGGUCCGCCAGUGCAGAUGGUCUCAUAUCUGACACCAAAUUAGCCGCAGAAGUUCUGCUUGAUGAGUGUGUGCGUGCUCUUCUGCACCCCAACUUAGAUCCUGGCAAGUCAGAGGCCAUCGUUUCUCUUGUUGGAAGGGGCUCACGCAAGUUGCGCGCUGCUUUGUUCCGCAACCCACAACCUGGGAUAGAGCUCCAGCCACAGGUCUACCCCGCGUCUAAGCUCCGCUUUGUUGCCAAGUACAAACACCUAGGUGGGAUUCUGCACUGGCAGGGUUCUUUGAGUGUUGAACUACGCGCCCGUGUUGCACAAGCUUGGCAGGCGUUUCGCAAGCACCGUCGAGCAGUUUUUGCAUCACCUUUGAUCACGCACCGUGAGAAGGCCUUGUUGUUUCGAUCUGUUGUUGCCUCAACUCUAUACUUCGGUGCGGGUACCUGGGUUUACCAGGAAGAGGCUGCAUUGCAACCCCUCCAAGGGGCGUUGCUAGCAAUGGCACGGCAGAUGUUACGUCCAACGUACCAUCGAGAGGCUCCACAACAUCUUGGCGCUGGGCUUAUCCUUGCUGUCGCCAGGCUCCCCAAUGUCUGUACCGAACUUCAUGCUGCUCGGCUUCGCCACCUUUCCAUCACCCUCGCCAAAGCUCCUCCAGAGUUUUGGGCCAUCCUCCACUAUGAUUGUCAGUGGCUCCUUCUUGUGCAGGAUUCCCUUGCCUGGAUCAGGGGCCAACACAGCCGCGCUGGCAAUGACAUUUCUGCCUUCGCUGACUGGCAGGCCUUGACAACACUGACCAAGGAAAAGCCCCAGGUUUGGAAAAGGCUCAUUUCACAGGCUGUCCACUACGCACAACUACAAGAUACCUGGAGUGCCGAAGUUGGGCACUACCAUGGUUUGUUGUUGCGCUUCCUCCUUGCUAAGGGAGCACACCCGGCGAACGACCUGCUUGUUGGCCAGAAUGCCAGCGAACUCUGUGCUGUGUGUGGACAGGUCUUUUCGGACCUCCGUAAAUGGAGUCACCACGCCUUCAAGUGUCACGGUCGUGUCCGAGAGGAACGAUAUUUUGCCGAGGGCCAGAGAUGCAAGAUUUGUCUCAGACAUUUUGCGUCCAACUUCCGCCUCUGCAACCAUCUCAAGCACUCUCGCGCAUGCCUUGCUGCUCUUGCAACUGCCGGAGCCACGUGUGACCCCCAGCCAGGCAAAGGCAGUAAACGCUUCUACUCCGGAGCUGAUCAGCCAUGCCCUGCUGUUACUGCCUCUGGUCCUGUGCCAAGAGGAUGUAAUCCAUUGUACAUCCCCGAGAGCCAAAGAGCCUCUGAGGAGGUCCUCCGUAAGCUCGAAGAUAUUUUCGCACACCCCUCCCUAGAAGGGGAUUUCGCGCAGCUCCUCGAGGCAGUACGGUCUGCCUUUCAGGGUCAGUGUCUGCAAGUUACCAGACUCCGGGCUACUGCCACUGCUUGGCAAGAAGCUCUGCAUCAAGAGCUUGAGAGGUGUGAGGAGAUCUCCGUAGAAUGGGCAACUUGGCACCAUCGAAUUGCCGAUUUCCUUACUCGAGUUGAUUUUGUUGCUUGGCUUGUCCCUGACCCUACCGCUGUGCAGCAUGGUAUCGCGACCUUUCGUGAUGCCGCAACCAUCCUGCCUUGGCUGAUUACUGAGCUGUUACACAUCGAGUGUUCGACAGCAGAUUGUUGCACCGGGACAUGGCUUUGUGCCCGUAAUCGGCCAUCAGGUUGCUCGGAUGACGACAAACUUGAGUUUGUGUCCCACGAUUCUUGCUUCCGCGACCCGAGUUUGAUUGACAUCACCUCCUGGUGCCAGAGUGCUGGUCCGGUUCGAGGGUUUUGUCUCCUUGGUUUGCUGUCCUCCCUGGUUUUCCCCACAUCCUUGCGCUCUUACAAGCAACUCUUUCCUCACCUCCUGCGCCUCCGGCUUUUUGCCGAUGCUGUGCGUGGUACUUUGCAGCUCUGGACUGCCGGGCGACCUGCCUUCUGUGUCGUGCAGCACUUUCCAUGUCCAGGCCUCGAAGUAGUUAGGAAGAUUGCUCCUGUAAGCAUCGAUUGUGGAGGAUACCAGAUUCUCGCCAACUUUCCCGGUGCUGGCGAGUACCCACGGCGUUUCACCUUUUUCUAA